UCUAAAGUCAUUAUCAGAUAAACAAAAAGACUGGCGGUCAAUUUUAACAUUUUCAAUAAUGGCUUUUCUUCUAGUUUUCUUUCUAGCCGUUGUUAAUUUAGCAUGUGUCAGUGGUGGAAAAUUAAAUGCACCUAAAGUGUUAUUACCGUACAGUCCUACAACAAUCUCGAACUUUACUUUAAAGGUAAACUUAACGAAAGAAGAGCAAGCCGAACAUAACCACUGCUACACAUGGAGAUCUACCCACCCUGAAGUGGUUGCUGUGACCCCUAUGAAUUUGCUGGAGGAAGAUUGUUCGUUGCAUGCUGUGGUUUCAACUGUAUCAAGAACUGACCACAAAAUGACUUCAAUCAUAUUUGCUGAAGAUAAGAUAUCAAAUGAGGUGUUUCACUGCUAUGUUAUUGUUGACCUGAUAUCACGUUUCUCAAUCUCCACUACAACUCGACUAAUAUCUCUUGAUGACACUCCUGAAAUACUUGCAGUUCAUGCUUAUGAUAAUGAAGAAAAUGUCUUCACUACUCUGAGUGGUAUGGAAUUCCACUGGAAAUUUUUGCCAAAUGGAGACAAAAAAUUUUUUGAAGAACAAAAUCUUAAAUUCUUAAAGUUUGAAGAUUCUAAAUACCAGACCCCACCUCACAUAUCGCCAUUAGAACGAGCUGGAAAAACUGGUGACAUUGUCUUAGUGGAGUCUGUUAAAACUGGCAGUUCUACAGUUGAAGCAACCCUCUUUGACCCAAUAUAUAAAAAUGUUCCCCCUGCCACGGUGAGUUUGACGGUGAUUGCCAACUUGAUGAUUAACCCUCCUAGUGUACACGUGUUGGUUCAUGGCAAAGUCUUUUAUAAACUGGAACAAAUCAGGCAGAAUGUCAUUACUCGAAUUUAUUUGCCUUCUCCACAAUAUUACAUGGAAGUUGUCAAACCAGACAUCUGUUCAUUUAAUCCGGAAACCUCAGAAGCUGAAGCAAUUAGUUUUGGUUCCACUGAAAUUGUUUUACGAGACCGAAAUAUCCAAGACAGUGAACAGUCGUACCAACCUUCUGCUUUAAUAUAUGUUGUUGAACCAGCUUACAUAAGUUUUGUUGUUUUAUCACACACAAAAUGGGUGUUGGAAACCGGUAGAAAUUAUGAAAUCUGUUUGGAAAUUUUUGAUUCUUCAAAUCACAAGAUUUAUCCAUCAGAUAAUCUCAUAAUUGAAGCUUUAUUUCCUGCUGAAUAUUUCCGAGUCAAUCACCAAACAAAAAAUGGUUCCUACUUUCAUGUGACCACUCUAAAGAAAGGAGUUGUUAACAUCAAAGGUAGUUUAAAAGGUGUUCUGUCUGAAAAGAAACAUCUAUUUGCACAAGCCCUAGUGACUGAACAGUUGCUGGAGAUCUAUGACAAAAUUGAGGUGGAACCAAAGUCUAUAUUAUUCCCAUGGGAAUCAAAUACUAAAUUUAGUUAUAGCUCAAAGCUUACGGCUACUGGUGGUAGUGGUGAAUAUUCCUGGAAUUCCUUGAACCUAAGUGUUGCCACUGUAAACAACAAAGGUUACACAAGUCCUGUCAGCCUUGGAAUUAGUACAGUAGUGGCUGCUGAUGUCAAGAACCAUAGGCACACCGGAAUGGCUAAGGUUGCUGUCCUUCCUCCAACGAAAAUUAAGCUGCUUCCAUCAAAAGUGGAAGCUGAAAUCAACACCAAGUUACUUCUCCCUGUUGCAAUGUUUGCUGAUUUUGAAGGUGCCGAGAAAGCCUUUGAAGAUUGCCGACAUCUAAAAUUGUCUGUGAAAUUCUCAGACAAAACUUCAUUUGAUUUAAUCCCAGUUUCUCCUCACUCAAGUUUAAACUGCGUAGCAACCAGCUGGCCAUUUCAUUUGUGUUACUCUAUGGGCCAUAGGGCUAUUGACCAUGCUGGUUCUGUGGACACCGAGAAAAUUAGCUGCACCUCCAUUCAGCUCCUGGCCAAGCAACCAGGCAGCUGUCGAAUAACAGUUACUUACCAAGGUUCACAUAAAAUUCUACAAGCUUCUGUUACUGUGGCAGCAUACAAACCUCUUGUGGCUGAAAGUCCUCUAAGCAUUGUUACUCUUGGUUCUUCAAAAGACAUUUUGUUUUCUGGUGGUCCCCAACCAUGGCAGCUGGAUCCAACGGAAUAUUUUGAAGAUUUGAUACCAAGUGCUAACUUUGUUAGUUUUUCACACUUGUCUGGAAUUGAGUUUAGUCUUCACCGAGGUCUUCAUGCUUUUCAAGUUGUGUGUACAGGACUCGGGGAGCAGACUUUAAAACUGAAAGUUGGCAACAAACCCACUCACACUAAUCUCUUGCCUGUUGUUGUGGAAACCUUUGUCAAAUUUAUCUGUGCUGAACCUGUUAGUCUUCAUCUACAACCACAAGUCUUAACUGUUUCUAAACAGUCAGAUCUGCCACCAUGUCCUGUUUUCUUGGAUUCUAAUCAAGUUAUUCCAGUUCACUGCAAGCAAGACUUGACAGUCCUGUUGACUGUCACUGAUAAUCAAGGACAUAAAUUUGACAACUUUUCAUCCCUCAAGUUUGACUGGAAGUUGUCCGACACAUCAUUGGCCUCCCUCAACUUAGCUGAACCAAUGAGAAUAGAGACAGACAUUUCUGAUAGAACUUCUAAGGUUUCAGCUGUUGGUUACCAAGUUGUGGGAAUGUUUGGUAAGCCUGGUACAGUGAUUUUAACUGUUUCCUGUCAAAACUAUAUCUCUAGGUACCUGUCUCAUUACCGAAUUCCACUUCAUUCGCGGCUGCGAGGAUUGAUAAGCCAGUCUCUUGAAUUAAAUCUUGUUGAAGGACCCUUCAUAACACCGGACUCCUUAUCAAUAUUCAACCAUCCUUCUAAUAAAGCUUACUUGAAGAUCAAUAAAGGUUCUGGGUAUUUCCAUGUUGAAUCAGUUCCUACGUCAUUUGUAGAUGUCAGACUUAUCAACCAUAACAACACAAUACAAGUCAUACCCAAACUUGAUGGAAUGACUCAAGUGAAGGUUCAUGAUCUCUGCUUGGAUUUGUCACAUCCUCCUUCGACCAUGGCUCAAGUAUCUGGAGUUGGUUACAUUCAUCUUUAUGUCAUUGACAAGGUUGAACUUGGUAAAGACAUAAUAGCCAAAGUGAACAUCUUAGACAUCAAUGGUAAACCACUUUCAGCCAAGUUUUACCACCUCAUGAAUGUAACACUUUCCACAGAAUCUGACAUUCUCUCUGUGCAGCCAGCAUUUGAUGAUAAAGGUGAUUCAACUGAAGCUCAGUAUCUUGUCAAAGGCUUACAUAUCGGUCACACCACACUUACUUGCUCAGCAGUAAUGAAAUCUGGAGAAAGAAUCUUUAGUAAAACCAAACCAAUUGAGGUGUUCCCACCAUUACGUCUACGACCCCGGACCCUAACCCUCAUUAUUGGUGCUGUCUAUCAGAUACUUGCUACUGGUGGACCACGCACCCAAGGAUCUGUCGAAUUCUCUAUGGAAAAUUCUGCAAAGGCUAGCAUUUCCAAUAUUGGGCUUGUUGAAGCUCUGGAACUGGGAUCAACAAAGUUAGUUGGCCAAGCAGUUGGCCUUCAUCCAGAUAGUAAUGAACCAGUUAUCUAUUCAGAGGACAGUAUUGAUGUUUACGUCCUGAAGCUAUCUGGUGUGAAGAUCCAUUCCCCUCUGACACAGCUCAAGAUUGGUACACGGAUGCCACUAUUUGCAGUUGGUAUCACUGAUAAUGUGACCCCUUUCUCAUUUGGAAGUGCUAUUCCACCUUUGAGUUUUUCUUGGACAGUCAGUAACAGUAAGGUUGCUACACUACAGUCAGUCUACCACAAGACUGGUCUGAAUUCGCCAAGAGAAAGCAAUUUUGCCACUCAUUUGGUAGCCACGGGACCUGGGAUCAUCACUGUACAACUGAGAGUAAAACCAACACUAAAAGGCAAAAAUCAAAUUGUUUUAGACAAAGAAUUUCGAGAUGAAUUACAAAUCGAAGUUUUUGAUGGGCUGACCCUGAUUUCACCCAGCAUGGUUGAUGGUUACAUAUUGGUCACAGCCAACACUGAAAUGCAGCUGAAGACUAAUCGGGAUAAUUCUGUACGUCUGCUCUACAAAACAAGUAGCCGACCUGGUGAGAAAGCAGCUGAAGUAACUGUCCGCGAAAAUGGUAUCCUCUCGACUGGUUCUAAAACUGGGCAGAUUACUCUUAUGAUAUCUGCUGUUGAAGAUUUUGGCAUCAACCAGACAAUGGUUUUCAAUGUUAUAGUGAAACCAGUCUCCUUCUUAAUGCUCAGUGUUGACACUGUCUUUAAGUCUAAAAGUGGUAGCCUAUCUGCUCUUCCUCUUGGUGCCACUUUAUCUAUCCACGUGUCAUUCCAUGAUGAAAUUGGUCACACCUUCCAUGCUACCAACAUUCAGACCAAAUUCACAUGCAACCGUUAUGAUCUUCUACAGAUUGUUAAUGGUGCUGAAAACAACACACUGUUGAUUAAAACAACCAAUGCUGGACAAACUCUUUUAAAGGUUUGGAAUGCCGAUGAUCGUAAGCUGGCAGAUUACAUCAAUAUCCCUGUGAAACAAGCCAUUAUCCCACAGAUGGCUACCAUGAAAUUUGGACAGAUUUUCUGUUUUGAUGUUCCAUUGUCUUCAUCAAAAGGUUUGAAAGGUAUGUGGGCCAGUUCAAGUGGUGCCAUUACCAUUAACCAAGACACUGGUGUGGCUGUUGCCACCAACAUUGGUAAAUCUUACGUCACCUUCAAUAUGUCAUCUGAUUUGAAUAUUGUUACAGAGGUAGUGGUUGAAGCCGUUGGUGAAAUCUUUCUGGAAAACACUACAGCAUUUGUGUCAAAUGUUGGUCAUCAAAAAGUUUAUCUUUUCCCUGUGAAAUUGAGUCAUCAGAAAAGCUUCAUAGGAGGAAAUUGUCCGGCAUCCCUUGUGGCAGACAGUCUUGCUAAAGCAAUUCUGCCCUUCAUUUGUCAUGUUGAACUUACCAGUGAGCUUCAGGAUAUAACAGCAGAGAAUUUAUUUACAGUUCUUCCUGAUUUUGAUGAAUAUUCUGGCAAUUUUGUAUGUAAAUUGACAGUGGAGAGUAAAAAUCUGGGACUGUCUUUAACGACACUAAUGAGUAAUGUCAUUGUCCAUGUGACCAUUCCAAGUGAGGAGAACCAACCUGUCGUAUCUGCACACUCAGAGACAUUACCUUUCUAUCCAGGAUUUCAUAUCCAUUCUCUUGAACUCUAUCUUUCUACUACUAAUCCCCAAUCAACUCUAAGACUCUCAACUAUAUCAGCUCUAUUUGAACACAUUUUAGUGACUGCCAGUGACCCGUCCUUUAUUGAAGUUUUACCUCCUCAGCCUGAUAUAACCACAUCUAUUAUAGUCUACCUUGUCCGUCUACGUGAUGUCAGCGCAGUAUGGGACCGUCUUCGCACUGAUCUCUAUUUAGACUUUUCUUGUCCUCUCACUGGCCAACAUGUCCACAUUCCAGUCUACAUUAAACUGACUGACAAUAAACAGAUUGUUUCAGAUUCCAAAAACAAAGACCGAUCCUUCACAGAGGUGACAACCAGCCAAACAUUCUGGUUUCUCAUUUUACUCUUCAUAAUUGCAUUCUUUUUGAUUUUGGCUUUAGCCUACCAAAUACGGUAUGGAGCACAGAGAGUCAGUGACAGGCAUGAUGUUUUCCUUCAGCACCAAUACAAAAACAGUUCUCCACAUUCACCCAUUCUAACACCCAAAGAAGUGCAAAGAAAUCGUUAUCCGGAAGAGACUCCCCAAAGCAUUAGAAAUACAAGUCAGCUGUUUCAUAGGUCUUUCAAUUCUUCAGGCAGCCCUUAUCACUUCCAGCAGCCUCGUUCAAGACAAAAUGUGUUUCAUCCUACUCUUUGGUCUGUGGAAAAUUAAGCUGUAAGAACCAUCCAUGAGUGUUCAAGACUUUGUCUCAGUGAAACAGAUACAAAUACUUCCCUCUCUUUCUCUCUCUCUCCAUUCAUUGAACCACUCAUCAAAAUAUCAUCAUCAGUAUCAUCAUCUGGACUGUCUUAUCAUCCAUUUUACAUUUAUCCAUUGCUGCCUGUUCUCACCAUCCACUGCUGUCAUUCAGAACAACAUGAAGAGAAGGCUUCUCUCUUAUUUAUUUAUUCAUUUUACUAUUUUUUUUGUACUCUUCACCACUGUAUUUUUCUCAUUUUAUUAUUUUUUUCUUUCAUUCUCAAGGAUUCUUAUUUCACUACAGAAAGCAAAGCAAAGCAAAGCAAACAGAAUUUUCAGAUAUUAAAAUAACAAAUCUUCAUCAAAAUUACUAAGAACAAA